AUGUGGGUAAAUUCAAGUUUGUUUUUAUUACUGCUUUGCUCAAUAAGUAGCGUUUAAGCUCUUAGUAAAUGCUAAUGUACUGUAGAUUCAUCUCCUAUUCCAGGUUUGAGUAGUACUCCUCCUACAACUCUUUCUCUUUCUACUGAAAAUGAAGUUAUUGAUAAUGCAGAUUAAGGAAAGCUAAUUGCUGUUGGAUCUAUUUAAGUCCUUCAAAAACUUUUCUCAGUUUAACAACAAUCAACCUCUAGUCUAAACUAAAAUUGCCCCCCUGGGUACAUUCCUCUCACUUAAGAUGACUUAACCUCCAUCAUUGCAAGGCCAGAUUUUUAGUCUUUAGUUGGCUCUUCAUAUUUAAACCUUGACUUCUCUAAAAAUACCUAUUAUUCUUCUACGAAAGUCAAUCCUACAGUAACUGACGGAAAUGAUGGAAAGGCUUAUGACUUCUAUACCUUAUCUCUAGAUAAUAAUAGUAAACCUGUUAUUGGCUAGGAAAAUACAUAUUUUGAUUCUAAAACAAAAUCUACAAUUUGUAAAAGAAAUUUGUAGCAAUUCUCAAUUUCAUUAGCUGGAUAUGAAGGAUUUGAUUUAGAAAAAGGUAAGUCAUACUAAAUGUAAAUCACAAACAAAAAUGUAUUUUAAUAUUACAUUUAUGAUAACAAUGGAAAUAAAUUUACAACUUAAAAAUUCACUUACACUCAUAAUGGAGACUCUUAAUGGGGAUGUGCUACACUAAACUUCAAGCUCUAGCUUUUUGGAGGAGUCUCAGCUGGUGAUUGCAUUGUAAUCUGGACUUAGAGUCAGAUCGCUUUUAAUGCUGAUUCUAGCAGUUUUAAUAUGAAUUCAAUAUAAACUAGUGUCUUAUAAGGGGUGAAAGCUAAUGUGAAUACUGGUUUCUUUUUCAAUUCAGGUUCUGCUCCAAUAGCUCCUAUUAUUGGAGAUUCAAGCUCCUUUUUUGUCUAUUACUCAGUUCAAACUUCAAAUGAGCUGAUGGUUUAGAAGGUUUCAAGCUCAGGAAUACCGAUUGGAUCUGCAAUUAACACUAAAUAGGUAGGAGAUCCUUUUGAUAUUGUUUCAACAGAUUUUGGUUUUGUAGUGAUGGCAGCAGAUUCUACUUAGAGAGCUUUUAUCUAAGCAAUUAACAAGGAUGGAUCAUAGAGAUGGAUUAGAAUACUAAUUAACAAUGGGGAUUCACCAAAUAGUCCCAAAGAUUAAAUAGAAUUCUUUUCAGAUGAUAAGUGUGGCUUACCUUUUGGAAUGGCUUGUAUGUAUAGACCUCAUAAUGGUAGACUUAAUUAUGCAAGAGGAAAAAUCUAAGCUAUAUGGGCUCAUUAUAACCAUUUCGGAACUAACAAUGAUGGUUCUAAAAAUGAUCACACUGGAGAUACUAUGAUCAGUUUGGAUGCAGAUACAGGAUAUAACUAGAAUAUAUUUUGGUCUUGGAUGACUUCUCAUUCUUUGUAUUAAAACUUAUACUAUGAUGGAAAAAAUCUGUAUGUAGCUUCACUUGGAGAUGCAUACCCAAUGAAUAUUAAUUUUAAUGUUUGUAAUAUUGAUACCUUUUAAUGUAAUACUAGCAGUACCAUUGUUUAAGGAGAUAUUCCUGGUAAUGGUAGUGGUUCAUCAUCAGGUAGAAUGGGUGGCUUUUUUAGCGUUAUUGGAAAUAGAAAUCAAAAAUUAUUUGUCUAUCAGAGAAAGGCUUGCAAUGGAGGAUACUCUGGUACUAAGUCAACUAACUAAAUCAAUGAACUUGCUGUUAUUAAGUUUGAUUCUUAGUUAAAAUACAUUUCCUCUACAACUCUUUUGAGUGGAGAUUAAGCUUCUAGAGUGAAUAGCAUAAAAUCAUUAGCUUAUGGAAAAAACAUACUGCUUGCUUACACUGUAAUUCCUUCUCUUGAGUUAUAAAAUUUCAAUCGCUAAAAUAGCGAUGAUAAAGUAGAUUAGGCUUUUAUUGCUUUACUUAGUGGAUUAGAUGGAUCAUUCUUAGUAUAACCAAAAUAGUUACCAAAUUUCUAAAUAAAUUCAUCAGAUGAUUGGAAAGUGUUGGAGAAUGGAAGUAUUGCUUACACAUAUAUUGAUAGCAAUAACAAUUUAAAUAUCUAGUAUACUCCUUCUUUAAUAAUACCUAUUUAUCCUAAUCCUAUAUUGAUAUCGGACACUACAUAUGGGUUUGGUAGUUUUACUAAUUAUAAGGUUAGCAUUCCAGUAAAUAACUACAAUAAUAUUUGUGUUAAAUAAGGUGAUUCUAAUUGGAGUAUUGUAGAUUUUGGAGGAAAUUCUUCUAAUAAUGGAAAUUAUAAUAAUAAUUCAAACAAUAACACAAAUAAUAAUUCAAAUAUUAAUAUAAGUAGUAGUAAUUCUUUUAAAUAAAUAAUAAGUAAUUAUUGGUUUAUUUUAAUAAUAUUUACCUUUAGUGCAUGA